CACAAAUCUGUCACUUUCUACAUUUGACGAGAGAAUCUCUUAACGUACCUCAGUUAUCUAUGUACGAGAUGGAGAGAAUGUUGUUGAUGCCGCGAGCCUCGAAGCAACUGGCAAACGUUAUGACAUGUUUGCUGAGCUCGCCGAUCACAAAAGCAAAACUACACAAAGUACCGCCAAUGCCAUACGAAUUUUGGACCAACAUACUCGCAUAUAAAAUAGCGUGUUGGUUCAAAGUUUAUUACUCGAAGCAUAAAGAUCCAGCCAAGAUUUUUAGGUUCUAGACUCUAUCGGCGUCGAGCCGGAAUUCUGGAGCCUCUUCCCCGAUGGGUUUUCACUCGAUGGCAAAGAUUUCGAAGAUCUAAGCUUCAAACAAAGAGUCUGGCUGCUGAAAACCGUCUGUGAUACAAUUAUGCAUACUCGAAAAGCAGUUCAGGAAGACAUAGCGAAGCAACCGUGGUUGUGUCAGUUCGAAACGGUUUUAGGAUUUGAUCGCUAUGGGGCGAGAUACAUUCAUUUUCCGCAAUUCCUUCCGAAUGACUUUAGAAUUUAUAGACAUUGUCUGGACAAUAAUGUUCUAUCGACCGCCAAGCUCGUUAAAUCGGAACAGGAAAGCGAAGAGGCGAAGAGUUUCAAAUCGAACAUAAUUGCUGUGAGACUGAACAAGUGCAGAAAAGGGAAAUCACAGUAUUACAACAAUAACGAUUUGUCCAACCACAAGUCAAACAGGCAGGAGACAGCCAGCAAGAGCAACGAUAAAGAUCUCAACAGUUUCAAGUGCAACGACAGCGCCGUGAAUUCGUUUAUCAGCGAGGACACGAACUUGAGCAGUACGAGUACGUGCAGUAACAACAACGUGAAUUCGAACGUUGCGAAGAGAAAUCGUUGCAGAAGUUUGUCAAAAACGUCUGACGAGAGUAUAUUGUCGAAUGCGAGAUCUAGUGGUUACGACACUACCACAUUCAGUGAGAAAUCCGUUUUCGACGAGUCUUCACAGAUGUUCAAAGGAUUUGCCAAUACCGAGACCGACAACUGUAGCAUAGGAAUAAUUAAAGAGAUGUUGAAUGAUUUGAAGUCGGAAAUUGACGAAGAGAAGAAAGCGAACAAACGCGAGAGCAACAGUGACAGCGAAUUGGAGUCGAAAGACAAUAAUAGUACAACACUUUCGUGCAAGAGUACAACGAAUUGCGAUGUAACGCUAACUUGCGAGAAAGACGAGACCAAGAGCUUUUGGGACAAUUUGUCCAGCAGUUUGAAGACUGACGAUGAAAAAUUAAAAGAGAUAAUCGAUUCGGGCGGUUCCAAGUUACCUGAAAACAUGUAUCUUAAAAGUCUUUCGGCUGUUGAUGAUUUUAGUGAUAGUUCAACCAUAACGUGCAAAUCGGACGACGAAAAACUAAGCGAAACGAAAAACAGCGAUAGUACUCUUAGCGCGAUCGAGAAUAACGAUAGAAAAGUAACUUUUACCAGAUCGUUUUGUGCGUCCUCUAGUAGUAGCGAGUCGUUGAACAAAGACGUGACUAAACGCGAACAUUUCGGUAAAACGAAGAUUUUGCGAUCGGUGACUAAGGCAAAAUUAAACAAUUCGGAAGAGACGGAAACAGUUCCGAAGAGAAAUUUAAGGAAGAGAACGAGACUGCGAUCUCAUUACAAAAGAAUACAGUCCGAGAUAAACGCGAAUAAAAAAGAAAGUAAAAUUGUCAACGCGAUGAAAGAUGAAGGAAAAGUGUUACGAAGUGACAAAACGGAUGAGACAAUCAAAAGCGAUAUUGAGGAUUCGGAUGAUUCUACAAAUAAUAUUCGUUACAACUUGCAAAACUCGAACAAUCCGAAGACGGAAGAACGCCAGGAACAUUUCAAUAAGAUCCUGUCAGAUCUUAGUGUUUCUGAUUUUCAUUUGGUGGCCGACAGUGUGGACGGACUGCGAGAUCUAAUCUCUGUUUUUAAAACGCGUAACUCGGAAACCAAUAACGCCGACAGUACAAAAGAAACAUCUACGUGCGAAACGAAAUUGUUAGAAAAGCUCAUCGAAUUGUUAAACAACGUAGAAUCGAUAGAAACGAUUGCAAAGGAUGCCACACGAAAAGCGAGAGCAAAGCUUCAAAGAGAGUGGUUUAAUUUUAAGGAAGGCAUUGUGGAAGAUCAGGAUUCAUCGGGUGAGGGUGGUCUCAGCUCUAAUUGGUGGAUUCUUGGAUCGCAGGGCAGGGAUCCACUGUCAACUACCGGAGACCCAACGUUACAAACGUUACCGCGAUCUGCCCUAUCCGCAUCUGGCGCCCAAAACGCCCAGCCGUCAUCAGACGAGAACAAAGACAAGGACGCGAUCAAGAGCGUCGAUGAGCAGAGUCGCCGCGAUAGCCGGGAAGCGAGCGACGAUCGACGAAACGACGACGGAAACAGUGAGAAACAGACGGAGGAUGAGGUAUCGUCGGGAAGAAACCAGCCGAACAAGAAACAAGAAGAGAAGCAAAAGCACAAACAACAAGAUAAAAAGAGCGAGGACGCGUCAAUCGACGAAGACACAGAGCAACAGACACGACGAGUAUUACGAGCGCGGGGUGUCUCCUCGUACACAGAACAGCUUUAUUCAGAUUACGAGACCGACGAGGACGAGCUGGAAGAAUGGGCCGACGUUGAGGCAGUCUACGCGGCUCCCGGCACACAGGCAGAUACAUCCGUUGCUCACGCUACUCCCAAGGUCCGACACGCUGACGACUGGUCGGAGCAGGAGGACUCAGAUCAAGAUUGGAUUCUACCGGGCACUCGCAAAAGGAAAAAUAAACGUCCGUCUGCCAAUCGAAGAUUAAAGUCGUUCCAGCACAAAAUGCAAACCAUUAAAGAAAAUACUUCUCAGACCAACGCGCAGUCUAAUCGGAUCGUAUCUCCGGACAAUCUGAAAAUCUGUAAGGACAAACUCAGGGCUAAACUCAAAAAUCCUGGUACCGUCAAUGUACCUUUAACAAAAAACAACGUCUAUUCAGGGAACAAGAAAACAUCACCUCCCAAUAAUCCGAUCUGCAAAAUCGACAGCGUGCAUUCCGAGCUGGACAUCAAAGAGGAUCCGAUUUACGAAUCCGCUGCAGAAACUACAAACUACGAGCAGAACAGUUACGAUCCGAUGAAUCCGCAACAGAACUAUUACUACGUGAUACCGCACAAUCCCGGGAUUUCGGGAGAGUCGCAAAACGCUCCGCUCGUUCAGACGAACACGUUCGUUCAGGAAAUGACACCGCAAGUCCCGGCACAGGCGUAUUAUGUGCUACCGGGUGCGCAGCCGAAUUACGUGAUGCAGAACUCGUCGGCGAAUCUUCUUUCCGCUACCGAACAGCAACCUGUCUUUCAGCAACAUCAGUCUGUUUAUCAGUCGCAGAGCUGCUCGCCGAUGAUGGUGACGCAGUCGUAUGUCAACAACGUGAAUUGCAUGUCUUACGGCGGUCAUGUGAUCGCCUCGGUACAGCCGUCCUCGAUUGCGCCUCGGUCACCGAUGAUAAACUCGCAAAAUUCAAUUCCCACGUCGAAACCGCAGAACAGGCUUCUCGCGCCACAGCCGAAACUUUCUUAUCCGAAUUAUCCCAGAGGUGCGGUGAUAAGAAGCAGUAAUCCACCUGUUAGGGGCGCUUGUAACCGACCCGCGAAUCCAAGAGGAUUCGUCGCGAGAGGCAUGGGUCCACGAUCGCGCAUGUCCAAUCCUCAAUCUGUCCAGGCAGCGCCGAGGCAACAAACGCCACAGAUUUCCAUUACAGAGAAAUCCAGCGGCCAGAAAACCACGUCACUGAUCGUACUCAGCGAUGACGACGAUGAGAUCGAGAUGAUCAUCACGGAGAAAACUCCUCCCGACACUGCUUCGGCUGUAGAGAAAUCAACGUCUCGAAAAACAGUCGAUCAACAGUCCAGGCAGAAGCCUAGAAUCACCUCGGAUAUCACUCUCGCCUCAUCAAAGAGCAUUAUUCCGCCACAAAUUAUUCAACGUAUGAGUCAAGGCGGUAUAUCCAUCACGCCGAUAAAAAAUACUCCUCCACCGCAGGCAAACACCAACACGCAGUUGGUAGUUGUAGUGAACGAGACAGGUAGUCAUUACGCGUUGGCGUUACCAAAUGGCAGCAAGCUCAUACUCACGCCGGAGCAAGUAGCGCAAAUCAGGGCCUCAAACGGGGGAAAACUGAUUUUGUAACGUACAGUCUAACAUACAAAAGGCCAGUCUUUUAUCUGCGAAUCUAUUCUAUAACUUUUAACGCAGGCGUUAUGUAUCUUUGCGCAAACAAAAUAAAUCACAAAAUAGCUGCGCAACGUUACAUUAACGACAACGAAUGAUGUCGUUAUAAAGUUACAGAAUAAUAAGGCUAGGACAUCAUGCGAAUCAUGCUUGUUCUUGUUUCGAUUUCUCCGAUUUUUCGCAAUUAACGAUAGAUACGUAGAUGUGAUACUUAACGAAUUGACGAUUUUGUUUUCACAUUUUGUCAAAUUAGUUUAUUAGAUUUGAUAAUAUAAGAAAAUUAAAGUAACCUACUGGCCAUUCGCAGUGUUGCGCUGUGUUAUGCACCCAAACAAUCGAAUUGUCACGAGGACAGAUAGAAAUUUAUUAAAUACACAUUUCUUCUCAAAGUACAUAUCACCGUGAUCUGAAAAAAAAAAGUUGUACUUUCUGAAGAUUCUUCGAAUAUAUUUAUAUUCAGAAAAAAAAAAGAAGAAAAAAAGUAGUGUUAAGUAAGAGUUCCUUGAGUAUUAUACAAUUUUACGAAUGAUUAUUUUUAUAGCUUUGAUUAGUUCUCUUGCGCGCGCGAUGUACAGUUUAUAUAUUAAUUGCAAUGUAACUCUUGUGCAAAUAUAUAUAUAUAUAUAAUAGUUUAUUAAGAUUUUCUAUCCUUUUUGUAAUUUCGUUGUAUCUCAGUUUUGAGUACUAACACAUUCGCUGUCACGUAUUUAAGUUUGACGUACGAAAUUAAUGAUUAAAGCAUUAUUUUAUGUUAUACCAAUAACUCUAAAAGGCAGGAUGAGAAAUAAACAUGCCUUAACAUUUACUAGACUUAGAGAAUCUCACACAAUAGUCAAUAUAUCUAACUAAACACUGCACGUUUCAAUAUGCAAUAAAGUCACAUAUAUCUAUAAAAGCGAUGUGGUAGCGAAUGUGUUAAUAUAUCACGUGGAUACUAGACAUUCUUUACGAUUCUGUGACUCUAGUUAUUAAUUUGCGUAAUUCUUAUCUGAAAGUUUGUCAAACAUACAAAUGUAAAUAAUUACAAUUAACUAUGUAUUUAUAUAUUGUUGAAUUGUAUCUAUUAAAUUCUUCAUAACAAAACAUGAAUAUAAAGUUAAACUACUAUAUUGACGAAAUACUAAGCUAAAGAAUAUAUGUGCAAUUCUACUUUAGAAAUAUAUAGAGAUUACGAUCUGUGAAAUUCAAAAAUGAAUAUCACACGAUACUGCAAGUGAAAAAUUAAAUUUGUUCAAAAUAUCGGACGCUUUUUUGUUUCAACAAUAUCAUUAAUUCAAUGUACUUUUUGUAUUACAUAAGAAUAUUAUUUAUUUGUAAUAUCAAAUAUUAAACAUUCUUAAGCUUGCAACACACGAUGCUGUUUUUCGUGCUAGGAAGUACGUCCAAAAGUAAUUAAUUGUAAUUUAGAAAUCAAACAAUUGUCAAAUUGAUGUUGCGUGCCGCAGGCUUUAUUUAUUGAUUAACAAUGUACAAAAAUAAUUAUAGAUUAUAUUUCUUUAAUACAUUACUCUCUCU